UUCUCUUUCUCUUCCUCAUUUCUUCCCCUCCCCACCCUCACAUCCCCAACCCAACUCUCCAAACAACGCCCCUCGCUCACCUCGUCACGAACUCCCCCCCCCUAAAAAAAUGGAACCCCUCACCACCGCCCCCGACACAACAACCUUCACCCCGCUCGCGGAGCACCAAUCCCGCACGCCCAGCUCCUUCCACACGGGCCCAGCCAUCCUCUACUACCACCGCCAGGACUGCCACCUCGUGGUCCUCGAGCGCGACCUCCUCGCCAACCCGACCCUGCGCGCCUUGCAAACCAGCAGCAACACGAAUGGCGCUGCCACUGACACCACCAGCAUCGCUACGAGCGAAGAGGAUGCAUCCCCCAAGGAACUAGCGCUUCCCAACAUCACCGUCUGGGUGACCUCCGAAAAAUUCCUCCUCUACUCCCCCACCGCAAACGCAGGGCUCUCAAUCCCCUACCCCUCCAUCUCGCUGCACGCCAUCCAACGCCUGCGUCUCCCAGCAGUCAGCCAACCAGAAGAAGAACAGCAACAGCAACAGCAACAGCAACAAGGCCUCUACAUGCAGAUCGCCACCCCCACCGCCGGGGGCUUCUCCGCCGACGACGACGAGGAAGAAUGCACGAUUCUGACGCUGGUGCCGCCUUCACAGCCGCAGCAACAACAACAACAACAACAAGAGAAGAGUGAAGAAGGGCUCGGGGCGGCGGAGACCGAAACGGAAACGGAAACGGAAACGCCCACGCAGGCGCUGUACGCGGCGGUGUCGGCGUGCUCGAAUUUGCAUCCGGAUCCGGUGGAGCCCGGGGAUGAGGAGGAUGAGGAUGAAGCGGAAGAAGGAGACAGUGCGUUGUUGCAGUCCGGGUUGAUUGCCAUGGGGAAUGGGGCGGGCGGGUUGCCGCCGCCGAUGGAUGGGAGUUCCGGGUGGAUCACGGCGGAGAACAUGCAUGAGUUCUUCGAUGAGGAGGGGAAUUGGAUUGGGGGCGGGCAGGAGCCGACGUUGUCGCUGGGCCCCGGGGCGGGGACGGUGAGGCAGAGGGAGGAGGACGGUGCGGAAGCGCAGCAGGAUGGUGAUGUGAAUGGGGAGGCAGAGAGUGAGGAGACCAAGUGGAGGAGAACGGAUUAGUUGCACGAUGCUUCAGGCCUCUAUACAGAUAGUUAAGUUAUGAAUUAAUCUCUAGAUGAUAAGAUUAC